CCUACUGUCAGCUCUGCUCAGGUCGUACACUUCCGGAAGAAGCGGAAGACAACAGUGGAUCUCGCAGCUCAUAUGCAAAUUUUCGAAUAAGAAAACAGAAACAGACAUUUUGGUUUGAUUUUGAGUCGUUUGACUACCAAAGACCCAAACAGUCGACAUGUUUUCCUUCCACGUAUUCGACCACCCGAUGUCCCGGGGAUUUCAGAACCGUUUUUCCACUCAGUACCGCUGCUACUCGGUGUCCAUGCUGGCAGGUCCAAACGACCGCUCCGAUGUCGAGAAAGGAGGCAAAAUAAUAAUGCCACCUUCAGCUCUUGACCAGCUCAGCAGGCUUAAUAUCACUUAUCCAAUGCUGUUCAAGCUGACCAACAAGAACUCAGACAGAAUGACACACUGUGGUGUUCUGGAGUUUGUGGCAGAUGAGGGAAUCUGCUACCUGCCACACUGGAUGAUGCAGAAUCUCCUUCUGGAAGAAGGUGGCCUCGUCCAAGUGGAAAGUGUUAACCUUAUGGUGGCCACUUACUCAAAGUUCCAGCCACAGAGUCCAGACUUCCUGGACAUUACAAACCCCAAAGCAGUACUGGAGAAUGCAUUGAGAAACUUUGCCUGCUUGACAACUGGUGAUGUCAUAGCUAUUAACUACAAUGAAAAAAUAUAUGAGCUGCGAGUAAUGGAGACCAAGCCAGAUAAAGCGGUAUCCAUCAUUGAGUGCGAUAUGAAUGUGGAUUUUGAUGCUCCUUUGGGUUAUAAAGAGCCCGAACGACCCCAGCACCAGGAAGAACCAACAGAGGAAGAAGGAGAUCCCAGCAGCUAUGCUGACAUGGACAUGGGAUUCAGAGCUUUCACUGGCUCUGGCAAUCGUUUGGAUGGUAAAACGAAAGGGAUUGAGCCCAGCCCUGCCCCUCUCGGCCCAAGUGACAUCAAAAGAGGCAUCCCCAACUAUGACUUCAAAAUUGGCAGGAUCACCUUCAUAAGGAACUCGAAGCCUCAGCCCAGGAAAUUGGUGGAUGAUGAUGAUGCCUUGAACAGAUUCAUAGCCUUCUCUGGACAAGGACAGUCACUACGCAAGAAGGGCAGAAAACCUUGAGGGAUUUCAUUUGGAGAGUCUGGCACCGGCCCACAAUACCUAUUGUCACCUUCAACAGCAAAGUAAAAAACUGUCUUCCAGAUGCACUGGAAUUUUGCCUCUCUUUUGGAGUGAGAGUAUUGCUGUUGAAUUGGGAUUAUAUGUAAUUAAAACUCUGACAGUAGUAUUUUGCUCAA